AUGGCCUCCUUAGAAAGCGAGAUAGUCAGUGAGACAGGUCGCCAAUCCCAAGAAAACCAUGAUGUUCACGUUGUCUCAAACGUGGGAGAGGGUAAAAAUAGUGCCAUGCUUUCUACAGAUCUUGAGGUCAAUGCCAACUACUUCCAAUCACCAACCUUGACGAGGACGUUGUUGGCUGGGAGAGUCAAAGUGAACCCCGAAAUGCCCUGGAAUUUCUCGCCAUGGUCUAAGUGGAUGUGGGUUGGACUUCUGUCUGCCAUCACGCUGCUGACUCCCUUCGCAUCCUCGAUCCUUUCCCCUGCAAUUGACAGCUUGGACAAAGAGUUUGGAAACGACAGUGCCAUGGUCGGAUCCUUCACUGUGAGCAUAUAUUUACUUGGAUAUGUCGUCGGCCCCGUUUUCAUAGCCCCGUUCUCCGAGAUAUACGGACGCAAGCCGGUCUUGACUGUCGCCAAUGCAUUUUUCUGCCUGUGGCAGAUAGGAUGUGCAUUGGCUCCUAAUAUUCAGACUCUUAUCGUCUGUCGGUUUUUCGGCGGUGUCGGCGGUGUUGCCUGCUUAACUCUUGGAGGCAGUAUCAUCGGUGAUCUCUUCCGUCCAGAUCAACGUGGUUUUGCCAUAGGAAUGUGGAAUAUCGGGCCAUUGGUUGGCCCUACCAUCGGCCCUCUCCUUGGCGGGUUCUUGGCCGAGUCUAUAGGUUGGCGUUAUGAUUUUUGGAUAGUGCUGGCAGCGUCCUCUGCGGUGACAGUGCUUAUUGCGAUAUCCACCUGGGAGACAAGCCAUAAAGUCCUGAUCCAUCGGAAGACGUCUCGCCUUCAGAAAGAGCUUGGCCAGAAUAGGAGGCUAAAGAGCUGCUAUGACGGCAACGGCUCGCUCAAUCAGAGCACAACCCAGGCUAUCAUCGCUGGCUUGAUUCGGCCUGUCAAAAUGCUGGUCUUUUCCCCGGUUGUCUUCUUCCUUUCCCUCUACAUUGCCUUUAUGUUCGGUGUCGUUUACUUGCUUUACACGACCAUUCCUAACGUCUUUGAGAAAUCGUAUGGUCUGAGCACUAGUGAGACAGGACUGGUAUAUAUUGCGCUUGGCUUGGGCAAUGUCUUAGGCUGGCUCGUGGUGACCUUCUUCUCAGACAAGAUGGUUAUCAGACUUGCACAGACCAACCACGGCAUCUUUGAACCGGAGAUGCGUCUCACAAUAAGUAUCUACUUCGGCAUAUUCCUUCCUGUGACUUUAUUUUGGUAUGGCUGGAGCUCGUUCUACCGUGUCAAUUUAGCAUCUACCAUUAUAUCUCUCAUCCCCUAUGGAUUUGAAAUCAUGGGGCUCUUUCUGCCUAUUACCACAUACCUUGUCGACAGUCACCCCAUCUAUGCGGCCUUGGCGCUUGCUGCCAAUGUCAUUCUGCGAAGUCUUGUGGGAGCUUUGCUACCUCUGGCAGGGCCACCCAUGUAUGCGGCUCUGGGAUUGGGUUGGGGAAACUCCCUGUUGGGGUUUAUUUGCGUUGUGAUGAUUCCGUUGCCUGCCAUAUUUUAUAAGUUUGGAGGUCGGUUGAGAAAGGCACAGCGCUUCCGGAUGUGA